GUGGGAGGUAGGCGAGGGAGAGAGUUUUUCAGAAAGGUCCAAAACGGCAUGGGACAGGCCCCGGCUCGUAUCAAAAACAUGAAAGAAAAUUUGCCCGUCGUCCACAAAGCCCAAGGAAUCCGAAGCAAUGAAGCUCCAUCCUCCAAAUUAGGUUUGCUUCAGCGGCCCAAUAACUGCCCAACAGUGUCAAAGAAAUAUCACAAAAAUCCAGUCCACAAAUGUUAAACCCAGCUAGAAAGAGCCAGACAGCAAUUCCUUCCAGCAGCCGAUCCAGCCCAAAGAGCGAAGCCCAUCAGGAAAUCAACCGGCCCACCAAUGUCAUCCUCCAACGAACUGCCAGCGGGCUAGGGUUAGCAGUCAGCCUAGCAAUGCCAGCCCAGCAUCGCUUUCUCCCCAGCGCCGCAGCUCAAACGUGGCAAACUAAUUUCAAAAUUUGACAGCGACAACCGUCAAACAGUCAACCCACACGUCACCCCUGUCGCAGACUCCACCCCCACCGGUCCCGGCGUCAUCCCGGCGGCAACGCCGUGUCAUGAAUACCAGCCGGAGUAGUAACCCAGCCCAACCGGAACUCCCCCCAUCACCCCACCCCCGUUGGACCCCGGCGACCCAACGGCCCCAGCAGGUGGCGACGGACGGCGGUCAGACAGUAGCCGGAAAACAAACAGUCCACACCCAUCGAGACAGAACCAAACCGAUGUCCCAGCCCCCAAGCCAAAGAAAUCCAGACACGAAGUGCCAAGAGAGUAGAACUGAGCCCAAAUUAAAAGCUUCCUAAUCCAGAUGGGUUAACGAACGAAGAAGACUUACCGGAGUGAGGCUUUCUCGUUUUCAGACGAAGACCGCCGGUGGCUGCAAACUCCAGAACCAAGGCCUUGGCCCAGCCAAGGAACCGUAACGAAGCAGGUAAGAGGUGGUGGCUGCAUGACCGGAUUGCGCCAGGACCCCUCACCCGGCGCUGCCACUAAAGACACCACCACCCUUGAACAGUGAACCAACUGCGAGCUCUCAGGUGCAGGAAAAGGAGCGAGCAGGCCCUUGUUAUCCUGGGAGUCUAAAUGGCCGAUGACUGGCGUCCCAAAUCACCCGUCACAAGAUAUCCCCAACCAUUCCGGCGUCGUGUCCAAAGACUACUGUACUGCACCCACCGGAGAAUUUUCAUCCCGGUUGUGGGUAAGAAGGGGAAGAAGGAAGGCGAAGCACGAUGGUCAACGACUGAAGCACAAACCAGCAGAGAACCACCGGACCCCAUCUAGAUAAGUCUUCCAGUAGCUUAGGAUCAGCUUCGUCCCUGUACAACGGCCCAGGACCUCCAACCAAGGGGACAGAGAGAGAGAGCAACCAGGAUACAGAGCUCCUUUCACCCACCGCCAAAACCACCAAGCCCAGGUUUAACAUUGUAGUCCAGCCAUCGUCCACCCAUUCUGUCAAUAGUGACCCGUUCUUCUCCGUCACAGCCCCCCAACCGGCGACCGAAGUUACUAGCGGUCGUUCUCGUUAGAGUGAGCAGUUUCCGGCGAGAUUUCCACAGUCAAACAUCCGUGCCACAGAGGUCAACAACGAACCUGAAACAGAGCUCGUAAGAACCCACACACACUCCCGCACAAGACCACCGGAGAGAUAUUCCAGAAAUAUCACCAAAGCUCAAGAGGCCCGCCGGAGUCAGGAGGGCUCCGGCGGCGGCAGCCACCGCGUGUGGUGGUACCGACCCGAGGAAGAAGAAUAGCGUAGGCUAGAGAGACUCUCUCAACUUCUUCCUUCAGGCGCUCAGGCGCCGGUUUCAAAAUUCAGGCGCUGGUUUCAGAAAGCUAAGAUCUUCAAAAUUUCAUGGCUCAUAUACUUGUUAUUAUAUGUUGAUGACAUUAUUAUAAUAGGUAAUUCACCUUCUCUUGUCUCCUCUUUUAUUAAUCGCAUAGCGUCUCAUUUUACUAUGAAGGAUCUUUGUGAUCUCCACUAUUUUUUGGGGGUCCAAGCUGUCAGAAAUUCCAAAGGAAUUUUUCUUUCACAACAAAAAUAUGUGUUUGAUCUUCUUCUUCGUUUUCAUUUACACACUCUCAAGUCUGUUCGUACUCCUCUGGCUACAUGCACGACACUCUCCCUCACUGAUGACGAACUACUGGCCGAUGCCACUAAGUAUCGCAGUAUGGUAGGUGCAUUGCAGUAUUUUACCUUGACAUGACCCGAUAUUACUUAUGCAGUUCAUUUAGUGUCUCAGUUUAUGCAUGCUCCUCGUACCACUCACAUGCUUGCUGUCAAGCGUAUCUUUCGUUAUUUACAGGGCACUAUUGAUCAUGGAUUAUGGCUGCAGACAUCUACACGUCCCAUGUGUAUUUUGGCUUAUUCUGAUGCUGAUUGGGCAGGUUGUCCAGAUAGUUCUCACUCUACUACAGGGUUUGCAGUUUUCUUGGGACCUAAUCUUGUCUCGUGGAAGUCCAAGAAACAGCUUACAAUAUCCAAAUCUUCCACAGAGGCCGAAUAUCGUGUUAUUGCUUAUACAGUACAGGACACAUUACACAUUAGGACCGUCCUUUUUGAGCUUGGUUUCCCAGUUCGUGUUCCAGUCCAGCUCUUCUGUGAUAAUAUUUUUGCUUCCUACUUGACGGCUAAUCCAGUUCAGCACGCUCAGAGCAAACAUAUUCAGAUUGAUUAUCAUUUUGUUCAAGAGAGAGUCGCUCAUGGUGAAUUAGUUGUUAAAUAUGUACCUACUCAUCUACAGGUAGCUGAUAUUUUUACGAAAAGUUUAUCUAGUCAGCAGUUUCAUUUUUUAAAGGACAACCCGCGCGUUGUAUCUCCUGCACAGCUUGAGGGAGUGUAAUAGUUUAAUAUUAUUAGGAUUCUUGGUGUAUUUCUUAAACUUCUUUUAUUAUAAAUAUAUCUGCCAGGGCUCCUAAGGGAGUACCCUUUUCCCAUUAUUCCACAGUUUCUUCUCCUAUCAGAGACCCAAUGUCAUUUUCCCCUAGUUUCUUUGCCUCCUAGAGACCAAACCGUCAUUUUCCCUUGGUUUCUUCGCCUCCUAGAGACCCAACCGUUUUUUCUCCCUAGUUUUUUUGCCUCCCAAAGACCCAAUCAUCGUUUCUCUGGCCCUUUUCCUAGGUUCUUCACCUCCCAGAGACCCAACCAUCAUUUUUCUAGCCUUCCCUGGGGUUCUUCGUCUCCUAGAGACCCAAACAAGUCUCGCCCAACCUUCUUUCGCGGAUCUCACAAGCAUAUAAAAUGAUAAAAUUGGUUGGGGAUUGGGGAAGGACUUAUGUGCAAUAUAAUGUACUUUUAAUAUAAAAGUUGAGCUGGAUUAGAUUACCAAUGCUAUGCUGCCAAGUGUGGUAUGUACCAAAACAUCCCUCAAUACAUGUGUACCGUAAAAUUUUCCUAUAUAAUACUACCUCCUUCCCGCUAUGAUUGUCUCAUUUUACCUUAUCAGUCCGUCCCACUAAGAUUUUCACAUACCAAAUUUGGUAAAAUGUGUGUGGCUCUAAAUCAUUUUUACUUUAUUCUUACUUUAUCAAUUCAAUAUCAACCACAUAAACCACUUUUUAUUAAUUUGCGUGUCACUCCCUCUUGUCCCAUUGUUAGCGGGAUGGAGGGAGUACUUCGUAGACUAUAAUAUAGGAUGUACAAGUGGGUCCAACUAAACUAUGUAUCCAACCACAGCUACGAUCAAGAUACGCAAAACAAUCUGUAUGAAACUCAAACACACACUCUUCCAUCGUAUGCGAUAAGCUUUAACACCGAGUACGUCGAAGAUAACUACCAACGAGGUGUGGAUGAAGCUGUUUAACUUAAACUCCAACUCUAACGGAGCCUGGAACCCUAAUUACUAGUAUAAAUAGUGUCCUCCGCCUGUGUUUAUUCUCAUUCCUGACAAUCAAUAUUAUACAUGCUAAUAUGCAUAUAUGUAUAUUUAUAUACAAAUUUCUAACUUUGUGAUUUACCCAAAAAAAAUCUGAGAUAAAAAACUACACUACAACCUUUCCCUUCGUGAAAGGAAUCCAACGGUGAAAGAAUCGUAGAAAACGAUCGUGAAACGAGGGAGAAAACACUCGCCGGAGUUUCGCGGAGUGGGUUUUGACGUGAAAGAAAGGGAGGAGCCGGACUGACUUGCUGCAACACCGUCGCCCAACAGAUCCAACGUCGUAUCUGUGCCGCUCUUCCGUUGAAGGUGAACUUGGAGGAAGCCGUUAGAGAUGCUUAUUAGGAAUACCGGGAAUUUGAGGU